AUGGAAAAUCAAUUAUCAUAUCUAUUAGAUGAACGAGAAGCGGAUUUGAAUGAAAAACAACCUGAUGACAAUCAAAGACAAAGAGUAGAAGUAAUGGAGGAUGAUCAUGUUGCAACUGAUCAACAAAUGAGUAGAAGACUUCAAGUUUUAGGAGGCAUCGUCUUAGACGAAAUUCAACAAGCUCUCAAUGAACUGAACAAGGUUGACACAAAUUUUUCUCCAAUUAUUGGGUAUGCUGAGGAGCCUUUGUUACCACUUCCUGAAGUAUGUGCUCCAUUGGCCGAUAUUCUUCAUAACUUAUCGUUCUAUGUGCAACUGGCACUAGAUGAAACUCCCGAAAAUCCACCUGAUGGGUUGACAAUUGAUGAGAGCGCUGCGGUUCGUCUAUACACGAUCGAAUGGGAAAGACCACAUCGAAGCCUGUAUUCAAUGCUCAAUUACACUUUGAAAGGCGGUAAUCGCGAAGAGCUUCGGCCUUAUUUUAAAUAUCUAAAGUUAUUCUUGACUGCACUGGUCAAAAUUCCGUGUGUCCCACCGUUGACUGUUUGGCGAGGAGUUACAAAAGAUUUGAGCGCAGAUUUUCCACCUGGUACCCCAGUAACAUGGUGGUCAUUUUCUUCAUGUACAAUAUCACUGACUGUCUUGGAAAAUAACAUGUAUUUGGGCACUACAGGAGCAAGAACUCUAUUUUCUGUUGAAGCCAUUAAUGGACGAACAAUAAGUGCCCAUUCACAUUUCGUUACAGAAGAAGAGAUUCUUCUUCUACCUGGUACUCAUAUGAUAGUUCAAUCACAAUUGAGCCCAGCUCCUGAUCUCUAUAUCAUUCACCUGAAACAAGUCAUACCGGAAGAAACCUUGCUUGAGCCUCCAUUCGAAGGUAAUUAG